AUGGGUAAUAACACGCGGCUCCUCGGGGCCCUGCUGCUCGUCAGCUUGGCGGCAAUGUGCGCCGGGUUGCAACGGAAGCAAAUCCUCGGGUUCCGCGUCGGCGGUAUGCGCAAGGCGCCGCCACCGCCGGAGAACAUGGAGCAGAUUCGUAUCCAAAGAUUGGACGGGAUCACGGGCAACACCACAUUCACCCAAAAAGUCUGCCACUUCAACCCCAACAACACGCAGACGUGGCAACAAUUCUACUUCUACAACUACAAAUUCCAACCCAACUUCCAAAACGCCACCAACAACGUGGCAUUCUUGAUGAUUGGUGGUGAGGGACCGGAGUCUGACGUAUGGAGCACUCGAGAGGAUAUCCCGUACAUGCAGUGGGCAGCCAAGCACAAGGCAGCCGUGUUCGAUCUGGAGCACCGCUUCUACGGCCAGAGCCAGCCAUUCAAGACCCAAUCCGUGGACAACCUCAAGUACCUCUCUUCCCGCCAAGCCCUUGAAGACAUUGCCGAUUUCAUCCGUUUCAUCAACAAGCAGAAUGGGUGGACCGGCACGAAAUGGGUCGUUUUUGGAGGAUCAUAUUCGGGAGCUCUCGCCGCCUGGUUCCGCCAACUGCACCCAGAGCUCGCCAUCGGAGCGGUCGGAUCUUCCGGCCCGGUCCAGGCUACAGUCGACUUCUACCAGUACCUCCAAGUCGUCGAGAACUCGCUCGCCUACAAGGGCACCGAUAACGCCAAGGGCUGGCAGUACGGCUCGGAUCUGUGUUUGGCUAGGGUCAAGGAUGGAUUUGCUCAACUCGUCGAGCUGAUGAAAACCAAGGAGGGCCGUGACUCCGUCACCGCCAUGUUCAAAGUCAUCCCCAGCCUGAACGACCUGCCGCUGGCCCCCAUCGACUUCCAGAACUUCUACUCGCUCAUCUUCGGCAACUUCCAGGGAGCUGUCCAGUACUCUAACGAUCGUGGAGAGACGCAGUACGACUCGAUCGCGUCGGUGUGCAAUAUCAUGACAAAUACCACCGAUGGUCUCGUCGGACUCGUUAACGUCAAUACUUACCUGAAUUUGGAUAAGCACGGCGUAUACAAUGGCAUCUUCAACAACUACACCUCGGAUGUCCAAGAACUCAAAGACGAAACUUACAACGAUCUGGAUUUGGCCGCCGCUCGCAGCUGGAUCUGGCAAACUUGCACCGAGUUCGGCUACUACCAGACCACCGAUUAUACCCAGGGUGUCUUCGGGUCGACCGCUGCUUUGAGCAUGUUCAUCCAAAUGUGCCAAGAUGUCUACGGAAUCCAGUACGACUCGAACUACGUGACCAAGGCCGUCAAGGCCACCAACGAUUUCUACGGAGGGGCUGCUAAUUACAAGGGCUCCAAUGUCGUGCUCCCGAACGGCGAUCUCGACCCUUGGCACGCACUUGGCCGCUACCAGUCUGACUUCUACUCCCAGACGACCUUCUUGAUCGAGGGCAGCGCCCACUGUGGAGAUAUGUACCCGCCAAGCAACGGUGAUACUCGUUAUGAUGUCAUCCACCCGCUUAUCGCGCGUCACAUUGACAACUGGCUGAACGGGCCACCAGAGCCGUCAUCGAAACUGCCCUACCACGACGCCGUCCGCAGCGCGACGGAAGCCGAGCGCCUGGCCGCCAAGUACCCCACCCAGCACAAGGAGUUCACCCACACCUACAAGGAGGAGAGGGCUUUCCCCAUCGAGCGCGACGAGUCCAAGGACCACCCAGUCUCUCGCAAAGUGUCCAUGCUCCGCACCAGGCCGAGGGCUAUUGCCCCGGAAGUUGACCUGAGCCAAGUUGAUGCCACCGGCUACUCGGCCAUCUCGUUCACCCAGCCCCUGUGCCACUUCAACAACAAGAUCCCGAACACCUUCCAACAGCGCUGGUGGAAGAACACUCAAUGGGCAAAGCCGGGCGGCCCGAACUUCUUGAUGAUUGGCGGAGAGGGGCCGGCCAAUCCGGAGAAGUGGGUGCUGAACGGAAACAUUACCUACCUGCAAUGGGCCCAGCAGUACGGAGCCACCAUCUACUACAUGGAACAUCGGUGCUAUGGAGAGAGUCACGAUCUCGGAAACUCGACUUUCAAAACCGACUACGUGAUGCUGUUCUGCAACUCGUGGCAAUCCCUCUGGGAUAUCCGCCAAUUCAUCUCGACCGUCAACUACCGCGAAGGAAAUACGGCACCGUGGAUUACGUUUGGAGGCUCCUACUCGGGUAUGCUCUCGCUGUGGGCCCGUAACAAGUUCCCCGAUCUGAUCGCUGGUGCCGUUGGAAGCUCGGCUCCCAUUAAUGUGAAGCUGGACUUCUUCGAAUACCUUACCGUCACGUCGAACUCCCUUCGAAUGUACGACUCGUCUUGCGCGGACAAAGUUCAGGACGGCUUCUCCAAGCUCCAGCAGCUCGCGCUGACCCCAGCUGGCCUCAAGACCUUGUCGGAUACCUUCACACUGAGCCCCGCCUGGGACGUCAACAGCACGGUGUCGGAGCAGGACAAGCAGUUCUUCUUCAGCAACAUCUACGGAAACUUCCAGGGAGCCGUGCAGUACGCGGGGGAUAACACCGCUUGGUACGCCAACAACCAAGGAGAUAUCGGAAGCGUUUGUGCAAUUAUGAAGAACAACACCGACAGCGUGGCCGGUCUCGCCGCCGUCAACAAAUACAUGUGGAGCUUCUAUGCCGAUCCGACUGACACUUUCUCGACCUUCAACGACUACAAUGGGAUGAUCAAGGAGCUCAGGGACCUUUCGCUCUCCGGAGCCGAUCGUACCUGGACGUACCAGACUUGCGUCGAGUUCGGUUUCUACCAAUCUACCGAUGCCGGCCGUGAGAACAUCUUCGGAUCGGUGACCCCAGUCAACAUCUACCUCCAAAUGUGCUAUGAUAUCUUCGGAAAUGGCAACGAUGGAAACACCGUGGAGGGCAGCGACUACUCCACCAAGCAGAUCCAGUCCGACAUUGAUGACCACUACAACUUCUUCACCGCCACGUUCAAUGUAUCCAACAUCGCCGCCCCCAACGGAGGUGUCGACCCGUGGCACGCACUCGGUCUUCUGGCCACGACCGCGCCAGGCCAGACGCUGUUCCCGCUGAAUGCCACCGCCCACUGCGCCGACAUGUACCCGCCAAGGGAUUCUGAUCCGGCUGACCUGAAGGCGGCUCGUACGGCCAUUGGUGCGCUGAUCGGACAAUGGAUCAGCGGAGCCACCGGGGCACCACCGACCGUAGUACCGACCGGAGGACCAGGCGGAGCAACAUCUACCGUUGUCCCGACCACUUCGAUUGGAGCCCUCGCGUCUCUUCCAUCGGCUGUCCUGCUCUUCCUUGCCUUCCUCAUGCUCCGA